AUGCGCAUUGCCCUCUCCACCAAGCCUACGCAUAGACCUCGUACCGUCGGCGCGUUCGAAGUCCUGACAUCGUUAGAUCUCAUGCUCCUCAUCUUAGACUUCCAGGGUGGCGUGUACAACAGCCACCACCCCCUUCGACGUUUGGGAUACUAUACCUUGGCCACCCCGCCACUCUCUACGGACCACAUGCAAGCCGUCGACGCACUGCUUUCGCCCUGGCUUGCUAUCUUCACACCAUCCCGCAUGCUGACAUUUCUUCGCUCGACCGACAAGUACCGACACUCCAUUCUCGCCGCCUACGCAGCCUAUGUGGGCCACCUUCCAGCCGUGCGACUGCUGAUUGAAAACACAACCCACAAAUGCUCUGAGGCGAGCGUCAUCGAUUGGGCAGCGUAUGGUGGCCACCUCCACGUCAUCCAAUUUGUGCACAAGGUCUCGAGCGAAACAGCACGAUGUACGACUUGGGCCAUGGAUAUUGCUGCCACCCACAAUCAUACGCAUGUUCUUGAGUGGCUUCACCUCCAUCGCGCCGAAGGAUGCACCGUUGAAGCAGUUCAUGGGGCUACUCGUCACGGUCAUUUGGAAGCGCUGCAAUGGCUAGCGGUGGGCAAUCGGGCGCGUACUUUUUGGUUUGAAAACGCAAUCGUAAUCGCAGCGUCGAUGGGACACCUGGACACUUUGAAGUGGCUCCAUGCCCAGCUAGUUGGGCAAGGAAGAAAUUAUAGUCGCAACAACCCGCUGCACGAGGCGCUAGCAACGGCCACGUCCAAUGGCCAUGCUGACAUUGUUCAAUGGAUGCGGCGCCGUGUGCUGCCAACUAGCGAGAUCGAUGUGAAUAAGGACGUGGCUGCCCUCGAGGAAGUCGAGUACGUCGCAUCUUUGGGGGCAAGGCUGAAGGCGCUAAGUCUGAACUGA